AUGGCGAAUUUCACGAAUUACCAGGAAGGUAAGGCAGCGAUGUUGAUGGUGGAGACGCAGCAGAGGGACGUGGCGGCGAAAUCCGCGGCCACCGCGAACGGGGACGGCUCGGUCGGGGAACCCCCUUCCCCGUUAAUUAAUAUCAGCGGCGGUGCAGGAGGAGGAGGAGGUGGAGGAGGCGGCGGCGGUUCUCGCUUCCAUCUACCGCCCUCAAGCCACCUCCACCACCAACACCUCAGCCACCCUCAACAACAACAGCAGCACCACCACUACCAGCUGGCCCCGCAGCAGCAGCAUCUACCCGGGGAAAACAUCGCAGAGUCCCCGGGCAGGAAAGCUUCCAGCCAGGUACACGCCGCCGAGGACCCCGCCGCUGCCGCGUCUCCUGCCGCUUGCAGCAGCAGCAGCAGCAGCAGCCAUGUAUACGCUGCUGUUAACGUCGCCAAUACCUCGGAGGUUGUGGAUGAUAUUCGCAAAUGUGGCUAUUUAAGAAAGCAGAAACAUGGACAUAAGCGGUUUUUCGUGCUCCGGGCGGCCAGCCACCUGGGGCCGAGCCGCCUGGAGUACUAUGACAGCGAGAAGAAAUUCAAGAACAGCCUGCGCUCUGCUGCCGCGGCCGCCGCCAGCGGUGGAGCGGUCGCCCCUUCUCCCCCGAAAAGGGUUAUUUACCUCUACCAGUGCUUCACAGUGAACAAAAGGGCGGAUUCCAAAAACAAACACCUCAUUGCCCUUUAUACUAAGGACGAGUAUUUUGCUAUUGUGGCUGAAAACGAGCAGGAGCAAGAGGACUGGUACGUAGCUGUCAGUGAGCUGAUGAGUGAGGGUAAAAAAGGGCACUUGGAUUCAGAUGAUUUAGAUGAUGGAUAUGGUACUGUAACUCCUGGUACUGUCUUUAAAGAGGUGUGGCAGGUGAAUGUGAAACCUAAAGGACUGGGCCAAACGAAAAACCUCACAGGUGUUUACCGGCUAUGCCUCUCAACGAAAACCAUACACCUCGUAAAGUUGAACUCUGACACCCCGUGUGUUAACCUUCAGCUGAUGAAUAUCAGACGAUGUGGACAUUCAGAAAGCUUUUUCUUCAUCGAGGUGGGUCGCUCCUCCUCUAUCGGGCCCGGGGAGAUAUGGAUGCAGGUGGAUGACUCCGUCGUGGCCCAAAAUAUGCAUGAGACCAUCUUGGAGACGAUGAAAGCCCUGAAAGCAUUUGCAGAGUUCAGGCCGAGGAGUAAGAGCCAAUCAUCAGGCUCUAACCCGAUGCCGUUUAUCACGACGCGGCGCCACCUGGGCAACCUGCCACCGAGCCAAACGGGGCUGCAGCGGCGCUCCAGGACAGAGUCAGUUGUUGGCACGCCACCCUCCAGUAAAAGUUCGGGCGCAAGUGGAUAUCGUUUCCGAACAUCCAGCGAGGGCGAAGGGACGAUGAACCGGCCUUUCCGCUCCGCCACAGGAAGUCUGGUCCAUCUCAACUCCACACGUGCCCACCACGGUCGUCAGGAUGGGGCUAGCAGCAGCGGCGGAGGUGGCGUUGCUACAGGAAAUGCGGGCACCAACACAGGAAGCGGGCGCUACAUGAGAGCUAUCCCAGGUACGUCAUCCACCUAUCACGCCCGCUCCGCCUCCCUCCCAGUCUCCCACUUCCCCUCCACCACCAGCCCAGUGAGCGUCUCCUCAAGCAGCGGCCACGGCUCUGUUUCUGACACCCUGACCCGCCCUUCAAGCGCCUCAAUAUGCGGCUCGCCGUCAGAUGGUGGCUUCAACUCCUCAGAUGAGUACGGCUCCAGUCCAGGCGACUUCAGGUACUUCCGGGUGAGGAGUAACACGCCAGACUCACUCGGAAACACCCCGCCAAUCAGAGAAGAGAACUGUCUGAAUGAUUACAUGGCCAUGGGCUGGAACAGGGAGGUCUUCGGCACCGGCAGCGGUUCUGGAAACAACAGUGGAGCUGACACGCCGCGGGAUGAAAGCACGUCAACAACAGAGGAUGAGCGCCUGUCUUCAUCAUCAUCAUCACUAAGGCGGAGGACUCACUCUUUUUCCAGACCUGCUGGUGGAGCGACCAGUGGUUCUGGUGUGGCGGUGUACCAGAAAAUGACCCAAACCAACUUCUCUUUGGAGGAAGGCUCGGACGUGGUGCUGCCGUUUGGAAGCGGGCUCCUACGUGGCGGGCCAUCCUCCUCCUCCUCCUCCCUCCGCUCCGACUACAGCUCCUGCUCCGAGCACAGCCAGCAGAGCCGUCCCUCCACGCUCUCCAGGACGGAGGCCGGCGGCGAGCGCCCUCCUCUUUCAUCCUCCUCAUCUGCCAAGGAAGACAGCGGCUACAUGCCCAUGAUGUGCGGCGUAGCUGCGUCGCCGCGGGACACGCCUCCUGACUACAUGCCUAUGCAACCCACCUCUUAUUCCCACCCUGUCUCCCACUCCCCCCAGUUUCACAGUCCGGCUUUAGGAACACGCUCAGCCCACCACCACCACCACCCUCAGCUCCAGUCACAAUCCUCCACAGACUCCCAUGGCUACAUGAUGAUGCUUCCAGGGGGCAGUGGCAGCUCCCCCUCCCCUGGUCAGGCCUCCCCCAGCCCCCACAGCAGCUCCAGCAUGGCAGGUGCGAGUGGGACUGAGAGUAUAGCAGAGAGACCUGAGAACGGGGAGUAUAUGGACAUGUCAUACAGCAGCGGAGGGGGGCGCAAGCUCUCAAACGAGGGGUACUACACACCUGGCACACCUGAGAGCACCCCAAAGUCUUACAGCCCGUACUUCUCCCUCCCUCGCUCCUAUAAAGCGCCCACCAGAGAGAGAGACGAGAAGGAGUACGGGGAGUACGUUCCCAUGAGUUCUCCUGCCAAACCCGUCUUUUCAUCAGUCGCCACAGCUUCCAUAUCCACACCUGAGAAGAGAGGUGGGAGGAGUAGUAGCACCUCCACGCCGUCUCACCCACCACCGCCUUAUGGAGCCCACCAUACCACUGCAGCGAUGGCUGACAGACGCGUCGUGAGGCCUAACCGCCUCCCUUUGGGCAGGAGAAGUUUCCACGGUCCACUGCGGGUUAGUGAGCCCUCCAUGGUGUCUGCAGGCACCUCCACCUCUGUCCCCGCCACUGUCAGCUCCUCAGAGGGGCCCUCCAGUCCUGGAGAGUAUAUCAACAUAGAGUUUGGGGAUCACUACCCCCUCCAACAGCAGCCCCCCGCCUAUCCUCUCUCUGCUGAGGAUGAAGUGAGUUCCCUGGGGUCCAGCGAUCAUCACUCCUCCCCGCAGCCCCAAACCCACCAGGACUACAUGAGUGUGGAGGUCGGGGUAGACCAGCAGGAUAAAGCUGGGUGUCUCGGUAAAAACCAGUCCCCCAGACCCAGCCUUGUUGCCCCGUGGAACCCGCCCAGCUACAUAAGACCCCUAGCGAGCAAUCCUGGGGCGCUGGCCUCCCCUGGAGUCCCCGCUGGCGGACACUGGAGGUCAAUGGGGGACGACUACACGGACAUGACCUUCAACCUCAGCAGAGGUGAGAGGACUCAAACCAGCCCCACCGCCAUGCUGCAGCAUCUCUGUGUCUUAGAGGGCUGUUACAGCCACACCCCCUCUGCAUCCUCCCCAUCCAUCUCUCCUCCUCUCCCCCCCUCGAGCCCCAGCAGGGCGCCCACACAUCAACAAGAACCCAAGGUGGUCCGGGCAGACCCCCAAGGCAGAAGGAGACACAGCUCAGAGACGUUCUCCUCCACCUCCUCUUCAAAUUCAACUCCUUCUGGAGGGGGGCCCUCAUCCUCCUCCACCCACCCCUCGCAGGUCAACCCCUCAGCCCCGAAUGGAUCUUACCUACAGGAGGGUCAGGCUUCCAGAUGGACCAGUUCAGCAUCUUUUGACAGCGUCUGGGUCUCUGUGGAGGGUCACGGGGAAUCACCAGCCCAUCACGCCCCAACGAGAGCUCUGGAGAUGGGCUCAGCCUCCGGGACAUCAGCGUCCUCUUCCUUGGGGGCCGGAGGAGCUCGAAUGUGUAGGAACAUGUCUGUGGGCUACCAGAACGGCCUGAACUACAUUGCCUUGGAGCUGAGGGAGGACGGGAGUAACACGGGAGCCGGUAGCAACGACGGGAGCUCGACGACAGCGGCAGUGGCGGCGGCGGGGACGGUGUCUCUGCCGGAGAACGGAGCCUACGCCAGUAUAGACUUCACCAAAUCUGAUGGAGUCACCACAACCAAGGGUUAGUAAACAUGCAUGUUUUUUUAAAUUUGACAGUUCAGAGAGUUCGUUCAUGUUUUCUUCUGUUUAGUUUUUAUGAGAGUUUGGAGGUAAGUUCAGCUGAAAAUGGUGCAAAGACAGGAUAUCAACAUUUGAAUCUUGAAAAUCAGAGAAACUCUCAUUCGAUUUUAAGAGCGUUAAUUCUUAGCAGGUCAGUAACACAAUAGGGCAAAGUUUCAUCGCUUUGUGAGAGACUGCGUGAGCAGAUAGCUCAACAGUUUCAGAGUGAUGAUCUUUGUGGGGAUUUAAGGAUUCCAUCGUCUAAUAUUUAUCAACUUUGGCCUUCAGCUGACACUGCUUUAAAAACAGACAAAUCCUUUUGUUUGUGAACACACAUUGUCAUAUGUUGUCUUUGCACCUCUUCAGCGAGAAAGUUCAAACGACUUGAAAACCAUCAAAUUCUGUUUUUGUCCACGUUUUACAGCUGUUCUGAAAUCGGGGUUUGACUUUCUUUCUCCGCCUGCUCACCUGAAAAUCGGCUUUGAAGUGCGAGUGAAAGAAAAUCAGUGUUACAGAUUUUUCUCCCUCUCUGAAAAUCCGAAAUAACCUUAAGUGCUGCGAGCUAUUAUUAGGCGCAUUAUAUCAAUUUGCAGCUCCUCUAGUGAAUCUAUUUUGGAUCAGGCCUCUGUGAUCUUGACAAGGCUGCGUUCAGGCGCUCCGAGCGAGCAGCCAGCCGUUGUCUUUGAAGGCAUCUGUCCAGGGAGCCGGAGUCUAGUCUAUAACAGAGCUGCUGCAGGAAGUGGCACCAAUAUGCGGUUCAUCUUGAGGUCUGCGUGUGUGUUUUUAUGCGAGCAGACCGGGGAGACAAUUAGCUCUCUGAAUGAACCGAGGUUUAUCUGAGGUCAAGUGCGGACUGAAUCGCCCAAAAAAGGCCCUGACUUCCUGCCUUUGUAGCUGGUGCUGUCUGUCUGUGCCUGUCUGUGCACGUGUCGCUGUUUUCUUUGUGUCAGCAUGUGUGUGUGUGCGUGUGUGCAGAGUGUACGAACGUGUGGGUGUGUGUUCAAACGGGCUUUUGUCUGCUCUCAGCCUGUCACUUGAGACACUUUUAGACAUCUUUUGAAAUAAUAUAUUUAUGUGUACAAAACAUGGAGCGGCUCCCAGCCAGCGAGCCGCGGUAGUUUCGCAUGAUGGCAAAACACGUUCAACACCAUGCAGAGAAGUCACACACUGAGAUUGUUAGAGACUGUUUUUCUUUAACCAUCUUUGAUUAUUCUUCGAUUAUUAUUCACAGGCUCUGAUUUUUUAAGUCUUAAAGGAGGGGUAGGCAGGAUCUGAGGAAGUGCCAGAUUUUGGGAGAAACCUUGAGUCUUGAGUGUAAACACUACCCCUCCCAACCAGUUUUCCCCUCAGCUCCUCUUCUCCCCUCACUCGUAUCGUUCCAAUUAAAUUCAGAUAUAAUGCAGAUAAAUACUUCAGAUAAUUACAAAUGGGGCCCAGUCAAGGUGAAAGUCAUUGGUGCUACUGUAGAUGCCAACAGACUACCAGCAAACACAAUGUUUGCAGGACUUCUACAACGAGGAUAAAGUGACAUAGUCCAGGACCUGAGGUCAACAGUUUAGCGGCGCUACAACAUUUAGCAGGUCCCGUUUGACAAGAAACACUUCUGUUACAGACACUUGUCUUACUUUGUUGAAGCGGUUUACCUGUCCAGCAGAAAGGUUACAGGGUCCGUAAGAUCACAAAGCAUUCACUGAUGUUGACCCAGCUUUUUAGCUCUUAUCCUGUCUAUCUCUGCUCUAAGCGAUGAAGGACGAUUUUAAUAAUUUUCUGUACUUUCUGGUCGGUUUCUACUGUCUGAUAUUGUAGCGCGCUAACUUUGUUUAGGCUCGUGAAUGUUAUUCGAGGACGUGAAGCGUGCCUCACAACACGGGGGAGCAGCGUCGGCCUCGCAACCAAUCAGGUUGGGGAAGGUGGAGAAUAGCUUUGUUUACAGUCAGAAAGAGCUGGCCGCUCAAAGAUUUUAAAAUGUUGACUACACAGACAUAACAAAACACAGCGAUAUCGUUAUAUUACCAAAUGUCUUCAAUAACUAUUAAAAGCUUUUUUGUUUAUACACCACAAAAAAAGAUGCUUCUUUAACGGAUUCCUGCCUAUCCCAACUUUUAAAUAUGUCAAAUUAUAGUUUUUCAGAAGGCAAGGUAACUUUUCGAACAGUCUAAACCUCCCAUGGCGACAAAGAAGCUGAACUUCUUGAUCAAAAAAUGUUUGAUCAAGAAGAUCAACUUUUUGGCUCUAAAGUCUUCAAGUGAAUAAUCUCUGGUUUCCUUCCUCAUCUGUGGCAGUAAAAACAGACUGAAACCUCUUAAGUGUUUUUACACGCAAACCUUCCAAUAUUUCAUCAUAUUUUGCAGAAACUUGAUGAUAAAUCACACUGGAGGUACAUUAGAAGUAAUAUUUAGCACAUGCGGUUUAUUCUCCAUUAAGAUUUCCUGUUCCCUCUUCCUUCAAAUUUCCUGUUUCCUCUGCUGUGUAGCAGCUGUGAGCGAUGUGAAUGACUUCCUCUAUCACUUCCUCUAUGACAGGGUGUGUAAGUUUUCUAUCUGGAUAUUAACAUGAGUGUGAGUGGAGGAAUUUUUUUGAUUAUCGCCGUGUCAGCAUUAGCUUAGAGACACACAAAAGGGUCCAGACUUGAACGUCUUCACAAAUCUUCACAUCAUCAUUUGAGAUUAAUAGACUUAUUUGUUCCUUCAUGCAAACUGCAGACGUCCGUGUGAGUGUGUGUGUGAGGUGCUGAGGUAAGGUCUGCAGCGGGUGCUCAGAUCAAGACGAUGACAAAGAGGAUGUUUUGACUCUGUUUACACCUCCUCUUUGAUCACCUCCUCUCCUCUUUUACCCACCCGUCCUCCUCCCGCUCCCCCCAAAUCUUCUCAUCUCUCGCUUUCCCUGUCGCUUCGUGUGCACGGAGCAUGAGUCAGGAUUGUCUGCGAGCGGCGACUGACUCAUUUGUUUAUCGCGGGGCUGAACGCAGAUGAAAGUGUGUGUUUGCGAGUGUGUUUCUGUCUGUGUGUGUGUUUGUGUGUGUCUGUUGUUUUCAGUGUUGGCGUGGGUUUGCAUGUUUUUAACUAAUGCAGGUUCAAAGAGUUGUGCAGAAACCUAAAACCAGGCCAGAGUGUCUGAUCAGUCUGGAGUCCGUCUGUGUUGGUGUGUUUACAGUUGGUACUUUGCAGCUAGGCAGGUAGGUGUGUGUGUGUGUGUGUGUGUGUGUGUGUAUGUGUGUGUGCGAGCUGAGUCAUGGCAGGCAGCCCUUUGAUGUGGCGCUGUAAUUGCGGCGGCGGCAUGUCAAGGCACACAGCGGGGCCGAGAGGAAACGCAUCAUCAUCGCUCAGGAAUGCACUUCCUCUCAGCUGCGGUGUGGAGCUGAUACAGAAACACCUGGAUCCCUGACCCGCUGGAGCGGGGAGGGGGGGGGUCUGUCCAGCUGUCAAGGAAACUGAACUACAAAUAUUAAAUAAAACAUGAAUCAGGUGUGUUCACAUCAGAUCAGGUUGCAGGACGAAGAGAUCGCCUUAGAUUGAAGGCUGUUAGCUUGUUUUGAUGUUGUUGGCAUUGUCAUGACAACAACACGUUUUGUAUUUAACCAGGAGCAUCGUGUCAAAGUGACGGCUUAAUACACGUGUCAUCAGGGAACCCGCAUGUUUCAAUAGACUCGCCAAUUACAGCACAAUCAGGCAGAUUAUCAACAUCCUAUUAACGGGCUAGCUUGCUGGCUAAUAUGCUAACCACUCCUUGGGUGGUACUCAAGUGCUUGGCAAGGCUUACAGUGGCGUCUUCUUCUUGGGAAUGUGUUUUGUAGUGUUUUUCACACUUGUGUUAAAGGGAUAAUCUCUCAUGAAAUUAAUUUAGGGUCAAACACACCGUAACACCGAGUUAGACACCCCCGUCGAGAGAUGAAUGUUGCCAAUCGCUUGCUUCUCUAGUUAUACCAACUUUAGUAACGACCCCACAAUAGCAAUGCACAGUGGUCUCAGGAGCCACACGCAAACCUCAACCAAAACACCACUACAGCGGGGUGUCGCAGCUCCAGGAAGAACAUUUAUGAUCAUUUCUUUAUCAUUUCCUUGAAGUAAUAAUCAUCAUAUUAAUCAUUUUGCACUGCAGACUCGGUAGUUCUUCUGCCUUAGCAUCUCGGUCUGAUUGCAUUUCCAUGAAGAAACGAUCAUAAUAAUGUUCUUCCUCGAGCUGCGUCACCCCGCUGUAGUUCAUAAUGGACUGGUAAAAGUCUUGCUACAAACAAGCGGCUGCUGGAAGUGAGUGGGUGAGUUGUGUUUAGUCUCUUUGCUAAAGAAAUCAGGCAAAGCUAAAAAGAUGUUUGGUGGCUAGUACUAUGUCUCUGACCCUAUAUGUACUGUUGAUGAAGUUAGGUGCUGUUCUGAGCAUUAUUUGUGGCUAUAGAGUGGCGUUUUGGUUGAGGUUUGUUUAUGGCUCCUCAGACCGCUGUGUAUUGCUAUCGUGCGGUCGUUACUAAAGUUGGUGUAACUAGAGAAGCAAGUGGUUGACAACAUUCAUCUCUAGAGGGGGUGUCUAAACUUGUUAGGGUGUGUUUGACCCUAAAUUAAUUUUACGCCUGAAUAUCCCUUUAAGUUCUCGAUCAGUGCUGGUGUCAAAAGUGGUGGACAUGUUGAGACAGAGGCGUUGCUUUUCGUUCUCUAAAUUGAAGCGUACAGCAUGAAUGACUGACAGGCACACGUCUGGUCUGUCUUUCUUUGUUGAUGCCGCCAUUUUGCGGAGCUGCAGGUUGUAUUAUUUUGUCGUUUCGGUUACGAAAUAGUUCAUAUUGAAGCAUUUCUCCCCAGCUGUCAAAAAAUGGUCCCCCAUUAUUAGCAGACGGUAAAAAAAGUCAUUUUGUGCCAUUAACUUUUAUACUCCUAAAAAGCCUGACAAAUAAACUACCCAUACUCCUCUUGUGUUUUGGUGAUUGUGAUACAGCCCCAAAGCAUUAAAGGGUGAAGACAGGGGGAUUAUGGGAAAGAGCCCACCCUCAGUGUCGUGUGGUCAGGUGGAUAUAAGAUGUCUAAGAGGUUAAAGCGGGGUCAGGGGAGGAAGUCGUGGACUUAACACGGCUUGGAGACAAGUUUUUUAAAAUGUAAGUGACAGCGGUGGGAACCUGCCCUUUCCCUCCCCGCCUCCCCCCUCCCCGCCUGUCCCCAUGAGGAGGGGGGGGGCAGGGUUAGGCAGAGUGUGAGAGAAGACGGUACAAGGCUGCCCUUUCCUCCCUCGUUCCCACCUCAGCGGUCUAUAUUUACAGCUCUAUUUCCAGACUGACAUGAAUUUAUGGUGGUAACUGGACCCCCCCCCCCUUUCUGCAUUCAGAGGACCCUCUCUCUUUAACAGCCAGAUACAUGUAUAUACCCACAGAUGUUAGAAUUAUUAACCAUCAUGCAUGCGCGCAGCAGUAUCGCUUUCCAACAGCCGCUCCGAGUGUCACAGCAGAAAAUUUGCAGCUCUUUAAAAGCCCACAGAAGGUUAAAAAUUUGCCCGUUUUCUCGUCUAAUUAGAGAGUAAAUAACUUCCACCGUUUGACGACCGUGUUAAUUCAAAGCGCUGACAUGCUAAGGGGGCUUUCAGCAUAGGUGGCCCACCCUGACAAGCAUGGGAAUCUAUAAACCCGUCAGUGUUGGUGCCCAUCGAGCUAAACGGGGGGGAUUCGAUCCCUCAGCCUGCUGGACGUGCCGGCACCGGCAGGGUUCCCAUUGGCUGAUGAAGUCCUGGAGUAUCAGUGGAUUUAAAGAGGCGUUUCCCACAGCGUUAAAUUACAGAGAGCUCAUUAAUGAUGGGCUCCGGAGUGUUUGUUUAUUCGGUGUUGGUCUGUGCUUUUUAAGGAAGGUUUCGGACGCCAUUUUUUAAAACUUUUGUAAAUAUCAAACGAUGAUCUGAUUUUUAAAAAAGGACGCACUACACAACGCCGAUUAUCGCUGUACAUGCGCGAUGUGGUUUCAGUCAUGCAUGUUACAGUCUAGUUGACCAUCAGUCCUCCUCCUGCCAGUAUGGGAGUCACCUUUUUACAGUCUUUUGUUUGCACUCAGAUUAUUAGCGAUUCCCCUCUCUGUCUUCACGAUCUACUGCAACAACUGUUCUUUAAGCGUCAAACAGAUCCGAUUUAACAUUUUAGUUUAUUAAUGUAUUAGUUCAUGUGUUCGCCAGCCUGCUAACCAUAAAAUACUCAAACUUUUAGGUCUAAUAACAAGACAAGAUAAUCAAUACCAGAUCAGGAAAAUGGCAUCUUUAUUAGAUUACACUCGAUUGCCGAACUAUUUGAGAUUACCACAGCCUUACAGUGAAUUCACGGUUUUUAAAAAACGUAGGAUAUGAGACAUUCGGGGGGGUUAACUGAAUAAGAUGUUCCAAAUUUUUGCUGUACACAGAUAAGCCAUCGUAAAAUAAAAAAGACAGAAAGUUCCGGUCUAGACAGUCUAGUUGAGCACCGUGUUCCUACAGGUGGUAAAAACAGAAUCUUAAGAACUUUAGAUGGUAAAUCUGACAAAAUCAGUGAUCUAGAGAUGAAUUAUUUUUGCUUUUGGAAAGAAAACUUUGAUUUUUUUUGGCAUUUUCUGAUAAUUUUGUAAGUUGUGAUUCUACUUGUCUGUGAUGAAUCACUCGAUUAUUAUCACAAUCUGUUUGUUUUGAUAGAGAACUUUGAAGGGCCCUCUGCUCAUUCCCAAAAGCGUUGUCAAAAACACCUUAUUUAUUGUCACAAAAGAUAAGACAUUAAGUCAGUUUUUCUAUAAAUAGUUUCCCAGACUUCCUAAAAAAAAUUUGUUUCGAUCAGCGUCGAAGCCGGGGAGUCGAAACGAUCCCGCACAUUAAAUCAAGUCUCCGCAGUGAUAGAGCUCUACAGCGGAGAUGAGUUGUGCGUCUAACGUCCCGCGGAGCUCACUCAGAGGGACUUGUUGUGUCUCCUCGGUAAUAAAUGGAUCCAAACACUGUCAGCUAUGUGCUCGCACUGUUCCCGCAGGUUUUAGUGACUCUGUAGUGUACAUUUCAAAGGUUUUCCUCCUGAGCGUUACUUAACCUCGGAGGCUCCUGUUCCUCUGAAAAAUGCAGAAACUCUCAGCCCUUCUUCACGUCAUGUUCUCGUCCCUUUCUUCUUCUACUGUUUUAGAGUUUUACUACAGUUUGCUUACAGGAAUACGACGUCAGAGAACUUGAUUAGAGUUUUGUUUGCAUACCUGGUUUGCAGUAUGAAAAGUAAAUUUUGAAUCAGAUUAGAAGAAGCUUGAGCGGAAACCUUGACAGUGUUGAGGUUUUUAAGCACCGGAAACGUCCAUCUCUCUCUGUAUAUCUCGAAGUAACUCACAGCAGGAAUAGUCCGGCCCGUGAGGGUAAACGAGGGUAAACUAUCCACUAAUCGAGCACAUCUGGCUUUGUUCUCUCAGACAGAUUAAGAUAUAAAAAUAAACCAGAUGUGUUAAAAUUCCCUCCAGGUGUUGUUGACGAAUCAGUUUCUAAAAUUUUCAGGAGCUCUGCCCUCAAAAAGUUGCUCGUUCACACACGUCCCUCACAGUCAGUCCUCACAAAGUCCAGACUGUUGUGGGAAGGAACGGCAAGUGAUUCACGCAACUGUAUGGCCCAGCCAGGCUACUCUUUCUUCACACUGGGCUAUUUUUACGCUGUUACGUGUCGCCCUUCUGGGUUGGCACAAGUUGCAUGAUGUAAACUCGUGUUAUUACAAAACCGACAUUUGGUCGAGUUUUCAUGAUACUAAAUAUAUUCAUCGACUUUCUGUUAGCGGGCUAGCUCACAAGUUUCUUUGCAAACUUGUCGUGUUAUUACGACGCUAAAGCACUCAGAUACCCUCCACUCAUGACGCUGUCGCUGAUUUUAAAGAGUCAGUUAGUUCGUCAGUCGGCUCUGUCGGCAAAUAGUCAGACCGAAGGGCGAGGAGGGUGUGGUUGUAUUAUUUUGCAGAUGACUCACCGUUGUCGUUGGUAGUGGACAUGUUGGGACAGAGGCGUUUCUUUUCUUUCUUUGAGUGAAAGCAGAGGCUUAAACCGCCGGGCUUUGACCCCCCUGAGCGUUGACAGUCCUUGUUGAGAUAUAAUUAUAUUUUAUCCUCUCAGUUCAUAAAAAGUCGGCUUUUGUCAGUAGGACACUUGAAGUACUCAAAAGUUAGACUUUCUCCCACACUCCCCAGAUUAAAAAGUGUCAAACAAAAGUACUGAUAUAACAAAAAAAGACUUUUGUGAACCAUGUCUGACUAGGAUGGAGAAUAUUCCUGGACAUUUUCCACUUUUUCCAACUUCUUCAGGUAAUUUGACUAAUUGGUAGGAAAAAUUCAGGUAAAGUCGGAAUGAAAACUAAAGCUGUUUGAGGCUGACACGUACAUUUCGAGAAGUUUUUUUAUGAGUACAGCUGUAGCUACUGAAUUUAUGCAUGUUUUAAUACAGAAAUAACUUCUGUUUAAUCAAAGAAUAUGCUUGUUUUUACACUCAUAUCUAAAAGAGGAGAUUUAAAACAAUUAUAUUUGAAGAUAUCAGUUUAUGCAAUGAGUGAUAAAUGAGAUGAUUAACGAAGUCUUCCGAACUAAAUAAGGUUUUAAAUUCUUCACACAAAUGUUUCCCGACUUGUAAAGUAACUCAACUCUUCAUCUAUCUUUUGUUUUCUGUGUUUAAACCCCUGACUGUGAAAAUAAUUAAGCUUUAAAUUGUCUUAUCAAAUGUCGACCACAUCUCAAGGUGAGAAAAAUGACCGACCGGUCAAGUGCCCGAUCGAACUCCCGCCCACUUUCUUCUCUCGAUCUGCACUUUAAAGGCUGUUGCCCCAGCUGUCACGCCAGCCCGUGUCAGGUCAACACGUUACGCUUACUGUCCACUCCCAUGAUGCCUUUCAUCUGUUGUCCCAGCUGGGUGAAAAGGGGUUUAGGGCUGGGCGGCGGGUCGGGGAGGGCAGAAAGAGAAAGAGAGAGAUGUUCACAGCUCUGAACACCUGCCUCUGUUGCAACGCCACAACAAGCUGUUAACUAAUGCAGGUGUUUGGCGAGAAGUGUUUUUAUAACCCGAUUCUGCGCCGAGUGUGUUCGUGUCUGUGUGUGUCUGAGCGAGGUCAGACCGGGUCAGUCGGUCUCGUGUCCUCAGAGCGUUGUUUUGAUCAAUGUCCUGGACUCGACAGAAACCCAGAGACCUCAGACUGCUCCCUCCCCUCUCUCUUUCUCUUUCGGUCCGGCUCCCACGAAUGCACCAACCCAGAAUCGGUGUAGUUUUCUGGUCGUGUCCAAAGUUAACUCUGUGUUUCUGUCCUAAUCUCAUUGACCCAUUAGCUAAGACCCCCUAUUAGCUUAAAUACCUGGACUAAUUACUAUUAAAGAUUUAUGUGUUUCUAAAAAGAAAAAUGUAGGAAUCAGGUUUGAAAAACAAAUAAAAUAUAAACUCCUUUUUUCGUUUUUCAUUUACUAGAUUAAAUGGAUGGAUAAUAAUGGACCAAGCGGGUAGUGCUAGUUCUUCUAGAGUUAGCAUCUUUUAACAUUUCAGUUUGACAACGCCACCCAAAAAGUCUGUGAUCCUGUGUGGAGCCAUGUUACAUAAAUCAUGAUCAUACGCCUGUCUGGCUGGUUUCUUACUUUAUCAAAAUCUUUAGACAACCUGAAAUCAGUCACCUCAGAGCAUCCUGAACCACAACCCACUCUCCGUUCAUUAUCAUGCGUAUUGCAUAGCUACUUGAUUACUGAGUCUGUUAAAUAAAACACCAAAUGUUGACCAAAUUUUUAAAAAAUUUAUUUCAGAGACAAUUUUCCAGUCACAGUUCAAGCAGUACCAUGUUGUUGUUGAUAGUUUAGAUUAUGAGCCAUCUCCAGUUUUUGUUUUCACCACCUUUCGGGACCAGUGUGAUAUUCAUCAGCCAGUCCUCCAGAUUCGUCCGUGAUUCGAGCUGCAUUCCUGGUUACGAUCUGUUCCUCAAAGUAACAGCGUGUCCUUAAUAAAAGAAAACAUCCUGCAAACAAAUAAUCAAGUUUUAAAUGAUAAAUAAAAACUGCAGGGUGAAGCAUACUUUGGGAUGGAUCUUUGCUACCAGCUUCUCCGGGACCUUUAAGUCUUAAAAGGAAGUGCUUCACUUUAAAACUUGGUCCAGCAGCAGCAGCGCAAAAUAAGCACACUUUUAGUUUGUAGUUUUGACCCAAUUUACCCACAAUUUCACAGUGUUUUGGAGGAGGAAGUGAGACACUUUUUUAAUCUCUCUCUUCUCAUAAACAUCCCCUCUAAGAUCCGACCAUUUCUUGAGCUUUACCCGCCGUUAGAAACCUUCUUUGGGUUUUGGACCUCUUUGCUUGGUUCUAGUUUACAUGCUGUCUACCUGUAAAACUCAUCUGCCAACUCACUACAAGUAGUGUUGUAGUCAAGACCGCACAAACCGAGACCAAGAUAUUACCGAGACCAGAGACGACCGAGACCGAGACAAGUCUGAGUGACAAUGCCUUCGAUUCCGAGACGACACCAAGACCCUCAAAAACUGGUCUCGAGCAACUUCAGAAACGGUUUCUGAGCUUUAUUUUGAAGAGUCGGGUUUCUGCUCUCAGAUUGUUGGAUUUCAGGUCUGAUGGUUUUGGUUUUGUUUAUACAGGAAGUGUUGCUCCUCCGCCGUUAUUAACAGCAGAUCUGGUUUGGCGUUUGCCAGGUUUGUCUGUAUCUCGUUAAGGUCUUUGCAGCGGUAAAUGCUCUUCGCUCAGUCGCUGGAUGUGGUUUGAUUAGCUCUGUUUGGGACUCAUCCAGGCCGAGUUUGUGUACAGUCCUUCCUCCGCCGCUUGUCUUUCUAUCUGUCCGUCCGUCCGUCCAUCCAUCCCUCCAUCCUCGUGGCUGACAAACAGAGCAGCAGCAUUCCAGCACUGCCCCCUGUCAAAGCAUCUGUGCUGUGGCGUGCCGCUCACAUUGUUGUGUCGGACAAAGCCUCGCUCUUAGUGGAAUAACCCAGCUGGACGGCGGCCAUCGCCGGGGUCAUUCAGGGCCGCCGGGCCGCACCACAACAGCCGACCUGACAGCCCGGGGCCCGGACACGAUAGCGGGGCAGGAAACAAACAUUAUGUGUGUUUGUGUCUGCUGGCAGUCAGCUGGAUCCAAAGUUCACCGGCCACGCUCACUUAUUUACUAGACAAACAGAUUUUUUUAGCGAAACUCGGUCAGUGAACACUCUCGGACUGUUGUUCAAACCUAAAUACUUCUAAUCCCUCUAUUAUUAUUGUGUGAAAUAUCCCCCAGCAAAUCUUUUUCCAUGUUUAUAGUUGUGUAACUCUGCGUUUGGGUUAUUUGUCGCCUUAUGACUCACAGUCCUGAGCUGACCCGAUCGCCGCUGUAGUUUUCCUGAAUUUAAAACUGUUUUUUUUAAAAGAUUUUCCCCCCCUUAAAGGUCCACAUCUGUCCCCAGAAAAACCCUGAAACCCAGUCCAAAUUCAUCAGAAUCAAAACCAGCUUCUGUUAUUAGUCCAAAACCUCCGUCAGUGAACCAGACACUCGGCUUUCUUUGAGUGCAGAAAAACAAAGUGUUUUACAUCGACUGCAGCUGCUCAGAUCUCACUGUUUACAAAUCGAACAGCUCACACUCCUGAUAAAUAUCAUCACUGAUUUAUCUGUUUAUUAUUUUCAUAAAUUGUAAGCAAGAAAAACGUUCCCGAAAAGCUUUAACCUGAAAAUCUAGGCCAGUACUGAUCCUGAUUCUUCUUCAGGUCCAUUUCUGAGCUGCUGUUUUCAUUUCAAGUCCAGGAGAAAGUUUUUACUCAGCAGUAGACGUGUUGUUUGAAACUCAAACUGCACUUUAAUAGUCUUAAAUGAUCCGAUUUUAACUCUUGAUUCUUCUGAACUCUCAGUAUGUUUACAUGACACUCGAGAAAACCAAAUUUUUGCCUUAUUCCGAUUAAGACCGGAAAAAUUUGACUCCGAAUAUUUCAUAAUUUCAUAUAUUUGCAUCGUUCCCAGUGCGUGAGGACCUUAAGUCCGACUAUAAUCAGAGUUGGAGAGCCCCGAUUAACACACCCAGAUAGUGUGAUUGGAAUUCGAUUUUCUGUACCAUGUAACUAGCGUAGUCGGAGUAUGAUCGGACAAUGCAUGUGCGCCACACCUCCGUAACUCUUGUACAAAAACACCAGAGAAGAGGAGUGGCGUGCGUCUCAUUUGCAGAAAAAGUAGUGCAUACAUCAUGUACGACAAUAACAACGCUGUACAAUGCUCCAUCUUCUUGCUCUAAAAAUACCCAGCAGCAGUUGUAGACACUUUGGAAGUCUGACACGGACCUGCUGUUGUUGUUGACGGUUGUAUGGGGUCGGAAACAGCGCCGCUGAAAAGACCUGUACCGGAGGACACGUUCACAUAAAUAUUUCAAUUUUCUCAGCUGCAUGUAUACAGGGACAAGGAGAGAAGUCCGAUUCUGCGAAAAAAACAAAUUAUGAGCUUAGUCAUGUAAACGCACAUGGUCCUCUUGUCUUAUUAUGUGGCGUCCCUCAAGGAUCAGUUCUGGGCCCGGUUCCUUUUCGUUUUUUUCGAUACAUGCUCCCCCAGGGAUCUAAUUUCCACAUAUUUAGCAUCUUGUUUCAUUUCUUUGCUGACGAUGUUUAGAUAAACUGAAGUAAACUGAAGCUGAAUGUCUCGUAGUUUGAGUAACAAACUGAGAAAAGCAGUUCAGGACAUAUUUGUGUGUUUAAUUCAUGAUCAAAUAUCAGUUCUAAAACGCCUCUUCCUGCUGUUUCCACUCCUCACUUUGUUUUCUCUCAUUUUCUCUCGCAGAUUGA